GACCGCAGGAACACUUUCCAGCUGCUUUCUGUCACUCUGCAGCCUGACUCCCCCAAGGGAUAGGCAGCAAAACAGCAUCGCUGUGCAUGCCCAGAGAAUCCCAGAGGCCCUCGGAGAGGGUUUGGAGGCUGUUCAGGGACAGCGGCAACAAGCGGCAGCCUGACGUGCUCCCUAACAGCUGCAGGCUGCAGUGCUGUCCCUUCUGCUGAGUAGAUGGGGGGACAGUGCUGCUGGGUGAGUGCUGAGCUCUGGGCCUCGCAGAGCUGAGCGGCAGGCAGUAAACAGCUCAUGUUCUCCUCCCAGCACUGUUCCAGACAGCUCACUCACAACUGCGGGCUGUUCCGCGCUGCCUCACGGCACAGCUCUGCGGCUCAGCGGGGGACGGGCUGAGCUGCGGGCAUGAGCUGCCAUCAGCCCAUCUGCGCACAGUGCCAGGGCGGCGGGGGCACAAACCCACCCGUGGAACGGGUGCUGCCACAAGCUGCAGGGGUGCUUUUUUUAUAUUUCAGCAACCGCGCGGAACGGGAGCGGCCCACGCGGGGCCGAACUACAACUUCCAGCGUGCCCCGCGGAGGGCGGCCACCGCUGCGCAUGCGCAACAGCUGGAAGCUUCCAGGCGGCGCGCGCGGUGCCUGCUGGGUAGAAGACGGCCAGUCAGCUCGGCGCCAUUUUGUGGCGAGGGAGCGGGGGCUGCGGGCGUGUGUUCGGCGCCGCGUAGUGGCGGUCAGCGCCGUGCCGGAGGCUUGCGGAUCGUGGGCAGCGCCAUGGGCUCGGCAAGCGCGUGAGCAGGACGGAGCGGGCCCGCGGGGUGCGGCUGGAGCCCGGGCUGGGGGUGGCAGCGGGGCGCUGACGUGUGUUGGCUUCCAGAGGGAGCGGGAGCGCAGGAACAGCGAUAAAUCCGAGGAUGGGUACCACUCCGAUGGCGACUACGGAGAGCACGACUACAGGAACGACAUCAACGACGAGAAGGAAAGCAAGACCAUCAUGUUGCGUGGCCUGCCCAUCACGGUUACCGAGAACGAUAUCCGGGAGCUUAUUGAGUCCUUUGAAGGUCCUCAGCCUGCAGACGUGAGGCUGAUGAAGAGAAAGACAGGUGUAAGCCGUGGUUUCGCCUUCGUGGAGUUUUAUCACUUUCAAGAUGCUACCAGCUGGAUGGAAGCCAAUCAGAAAAAGCUGGUGAUUCAGGGGAAGCAGAUCGCGAUGCACUACAGCAACCCCCGGCCUAAAUUUGAGGACUGGCUUUGCAACAAGUGCUGUCUUUACAACUUCAGAAGGAGACUGAAAUGCUUCCGCUGUGGAGCGGACAAAUUUGAUUCAGAACAGGAGGUACCACCUGGAACAGCAGAAGCCGUUCAGUCUGUGGAUUAUUACUGUGAUACCAUCAUUCUCCGAAACAUUGCUCCUCACACAGUAGUGGAAUCCAUCAUGACUGCCUUGUCUCCGUAUGCCUCUCUGGCAGUCAAUAAUAUUCGUCUUAUCAAAGACAAGCAGACUCAGCAAAAUAGAGGCUUUGCAUUUGUGCAGCUGUCUUCUGCCAUGGAUGCUUCUCAACUGCUGCAGAUUUUACAAAGUCUUCAGCCACCAUUAAAAAUUGAUGGCAAAACAAUUGGUGUUGACUUUGCAAAGAGUGCCAGAAAAGAUUUGCUUCUGCCAGAUGGGAACAGGGUCAGCGCCUUCUCUGUGGCAAGUACAGCCAUUGCUGCAGCACAGUGGUCAUCCACUCAGCCUCAAACCGGAGAAGGCAGCACCCUUGACUACAGCUACCUCCAGUCAGGACAGGAUGGCUACACGCAGUACACUCAGUACUCCCAGGAUUAUCAGCAGUACUACCAAAACCAAGGAGGUGUGUUGGACUCAGAUGCAGCUACCAUAUCAGGAGCCCCAGUCACCACCACCACGGCUGCGGUUGUGUCCCAGAGCCCUCAGCUCUAUAACCAACAGACAAACUCGCCUGACUCCCCGACACAAGCAGCACCAGCUACCACCAGCACUCAGGCACAAACAGCUGCCCCAACUGGUGUAGUGCCUGGAACCAAGUAUGCUGUCCCUGAUACAUCCACCUACCAGUAUGAUGAAUCUUCAGGAUAUUAUUAUGAUCCUGUAACAGGGCUCUACUACGAUCCUAACUCACAGUAUUACUACAAUGCCUUAACUCAGCAGUAUCUGUACUGGGAUGGUGAAAAAGAGACCUACAUGCCUGCAGCAGAGGGUAUCACAUACCAACAAACGGCGACCACAACCACCACAAAAGAAGUGAAGGAGAAGAAAGAGAAGCCUAAGAGUAAAACAGCUCAACAGAUCGCUAAAGACAUGGAGCGCUGGGCGAAGAGUUUGAACAAGCAGAAAGAGAAUUUCAAGAACAGUUUCCAGCCACUGAGCACGAGGGAGGAGGAACGGAAAGAGUCGGCAGCUGCAGAUGCAGGCUUUGCCCUUUUUGAGAAGAAGGGCGCUCUGUCUGAGAGGCAGCAGAUCUUACCGGAGGUGAUGAAAAAUGGGGAAGAUGAAAAUCCCUUGAAGCGUGGCCUCGUGGCUGCCUACAGCGGUGACAGCGAUAACGACGAGGACUUACUAGAAAGAAUGGAGAAUGAGGAGGAGAAGCUGACUGACUGGAAGAAGAUGGCCUGCCUGCUGUGUAGAAGGCAAUUCCCAAACAAAGAUGCGCUGAUUCGGCACCAGCAGCUAUCGGACUUGCACAAGCAAAACAUGGAUAUCUAUAGGAGAUCAAAGCUUUCAGAACAGGAACUUGAAGCCUUGGAACUGCGUGAGAGAGAGAUGAAAUACAGAGACAGAGCAGCUGAGAGGCGAGAGAAGUACGGCAUCCCAGAGCCCCCGGAGCCAAAGCGCAAGAAGGUCUAUGAUGCUGGCACAGUUAAUUAUGAGCAGCCCACCAAAGAUGGCCUCGACAACAGUAAUAUAGGCAACAAGAUGCUGCAGGCUAUGGGCUGGAGGGAAGGUUCGGGAUUGGGAAGAAAAUGCCAGGGCAUCACUGCACCCAUUGAGGCCCAAGUGCGAAUGCGAGGUGCUGGUUUGGGAGCCAAGGGCAGCUCCUACGGUGUUUCUACUGCAGAUUCCUACAAAGAUGCAGUGCGGAAAGCCAUGUUUGCUCGCUUCACAGAGAUGGAGUAAAGUCUGUAGCCUUGGUGACGUGACUGUAUGCUGGUUAUGGGUUAGAGCUGACCAUUUCAUUCCCUUGGACUUUCUCCCUCUCGGCAUGUCACACUUCCACGAGCAGAUUGUCCCGGCUGCCCCAACUUCAUGCUGGAGAGCUCCUCGCUAGACCAAAGGGGAUGCUGAUCUUUGUACGGUCCUGUAUAUAGUGUAAUGUAUUCUGUGUCUGGAGCGUCUUGUCUGGAUGCUGCUCCUGCCCUCCAGAGCAGGGCUGGGACGUGUUAGCUGUGGUUUCACACCGUCUCUGCUCUCCUUUUGUUGUAUCGUUUGUCUUCUUUUUUUUUGAGAACUUUCCUGUACAUUUUGUAUGAUACAUCUUUGUAUAGACUUUUUGAAGACUUGGAUUCUAGUUGCCAGUUUGGCUCAUUUCCAAAUGAAAUACAUCCAAAAGUGUUUCUCUUACUGUUUUCUCGUUGGGUUGAAUGAAGAAUAAGUUGUCAA